AUUUCCACGUGAAAAACACCACCAGUAGUGAACGAUCGCUCCCAUUCUUAUCGUCGGAACACACAUGCCCAGCGCAGUUGCCAUUAGAAAUUGAUUUCCAGUUGCCAGGCAACGUUCAGUUUAAGUUGCCACCAUGAUAGCUCAUGCUUGACCGGUAGUUAGUCGGCUGCAAGUUUCGCCGCGCAACGUUCAAGCAUGGGCCUGACAGACCUAGAAAACAUACCUGAGACAGGAGCAGUGUUUACAAUCGGACGGAGUAGAUUCGCAGACAAUGUUGCGUCGCACUUUUUCAUACGCAAAGAUCCGGUGGUCUCUAUCACUUGUGGGGAUGAACAUUCUGCCGUUAUAUGCCAGACUGGCAGGCUCUUCGUCUUUGGAAGCAACGAUUGGGGUCAGCUUGGUCUCGGUCAUAAGAACCAUAUCAGCAAGCCAUCUUGUGUGAAAGCUCUGAAGCCCGAGAAGGUCACACACGUCGCAUGCGGACGAGCACAUACGCUAAUUUGCACAGGAUCGCAGAAGAUCUUCGCCUGUGGCAGCGACCAGGAAGGGCAACUCGGUCGAGGAGUGUCCGCAAUAGGUGAUUCCACGAGCACUCCUGUCCUGGUGUACGAUUCGGGUCUAGCUGGAUCAAAGAUCGUGCAAAUCACCGCUGGCUCGCAUCAUUCGCUCGCACUUACCAGCGACGGCGGGGUUUUCGCAUGGGGUAGCAAUCUCGAAGGCCAACUAGGACUACCGGAUGUAUCCGGCUUGGUGAACAAACCGACCAAAGUGCACAUCCCCGAACCUGUCAAACAAAUUAGCGCCGGAUAUUAUCAUUCCACGUUUCUAACAGAAAGCGGUCUGGUUUACGUGUGCGGCGAGUCAGAAAGUGGGAAACUGGGGAUCGAUGUCAGCUUUUCUACACAGGUCGCGCCUAAACAGAUGCAAUUACCAAGCCCUGCCUUGCACGUCGCGUGUGGCGGUCAUCAUACCGUCAUUCUGGCUGAAAAUGGCAGCCUGUAUUGUACCGGCAGCAACUCGACCGGUCAGCUUGGUCUAGGAACAAAUCUGACCGAUCUCCAUACGCCGAAACUUCUUCCACGUGGCGCUCUUCGAAACGAGAGGAUCGCGCGAGUCUCUUGCGGCGAAAGUCACACCGCUGUUGUCACUGAGUCCGGUAAACUUUACACGUGCGGCGACGGAAGACACGGGAAAUUAGGGCUGGAGGAGAACGAGAACAACGUCCAUGAACUGACUUUCGUUCAGAGAUACAAGGAGCUCUUCGUUUCCAAUGUCGCGUGCGGUGGCUGUCACACAAUCUUGGUUGGCCAAAGACGCGAAACGAACAAUCGUUCGCAGAGAGAGGAGAACUCGCAAGUGGAGCACAUUCAAAAAAGAAAUCCGCUGCCGCCGUUGAAGUUGAGCAGGCGACAGAGCGAUGUUCGCGACGAACACGUUGGCGAAACAACGAGAAGGAAAAACAGCGCCGAGUCUGUGACAAGUGCGCAGGAAACUAUGGAAACGUCUCUGGAGAGGAAAAUCGAGGAGAACAACAGAGACAGGAGUGUCGUCGCGGAUUCCACGAAUGACAUCGAGAAAUCAGACGAUCCCAAGAACAGUCCUGAGCUAGAGGAAGAAUCAUCGAACGAACAGGAAACCGACGAAACGGCGCCGGCUGGCGCGAACGAGCCCGAGGAAUCGGUGAAACAGGAUGGAAAUUGGGAGCGGAAAAUAGAGGAGGAGGCGUCGUCAACGAAGGUUCGAGAGGAAGAGAAGUCCGAGUCGACGAACGACGAGAAGGAUAACGAAGGAAACAAGGACGAGACGAGCGCAGAGGCAAAUUCCGCGGGAAACAACGAAGAGACAAACAAGGGUGGCGACGAUAUCUCGGAGAACAAAGACGAAGCAGACAGCAACAAAGAUGUGAAAGAAUCGACGCAGGGAUCGGACAACGGCGGCGAUGCUGAACGAGAAACGAGCCCGAAGAAUGGAACGCCCCCUUCGGAUUCGACGCCGCCGCCAAAACCGCCGAGACUGAAAUCCGGAAGUGAGAGCUCUUCCAUCGAGAGGGCGUCGUCGAUGGAGAAAGAAGCUGACGUGGAUGAGAAAAGGAGGAUGGAGAACGAAGAGAAGACGGAGGAUAUUUCGGUGAAGAAGUCGGAGGCAACUGAUGAGGACGAGGAGUCCGGGAGAAAGAAGGAGUCAGGGUCGAUGAAAUCCGCGACGAAAAGCGGAAGUACUAAAUCGGCGAGGUCGAGAGUGGCUGAGGAGGAGGCGAUAGAAAUCGACAAGCAGAACGACAAAGACAGAGUGGAGACCGAUGAGGAGAAGGUGAACAGUGACAACGCGCAGGAUGACGCUGACGUUGUGCAGUCACCGGCACCGAGAACUGGUAGAAUAUCGAAAAUAUUUAAAAGUAAAAAGCCACAGGCAAUGGAGAAUGGUACCAAGACAUCUGGCACUGCGAAUCAAAAAUCUAAAUCGAAAACGUGCACAAUCCUAUGAUCAAGAUGUCUUCGGGGAUGUAACAUAUUUCAUUACAUUUUUUACAGCGAAUGCAUGACGAACGUGAAAUUGGGACCAAGAGAAGUGAUACCAAAAAGUGAUUUUAUUUUCAAUCAGAGAUAACGUUCUUUUUCCAUUAAUCAUAGAAACAAGAACUCGUGCCCUCACGAGUACUUCAACCUAUACUGCUUGAAACAAUUCCAAUUUCAUCAAAAAUCACGACGCGUAGGAUGAACGAUUUCCAUUUAAAAUUAGAAAUAAAAUCAAUUGUCACCGGAAAGAAUAGAAAGAUAAUAUUAGAAAUGUUCAAAAUUGUCAAAGUGACAAUUACGAAAUGAACUUAUCCAAAAUUAUCUUAAUUAUAACGAGCGUCUUCUAUUUUUUUUUUUUUUUUUUCUUCUUUCUUUACUAUCAUACGUGUUUCAUUGAACCAAAUAACUCCAUGCUCUGAAAUCAUUUUACAAUCUCGGAAAAGUUAACAGUUCACGUGUUUCAUAUUCUAUAGUUACUUCAAACGAUCCGUCCGAAAAUGUAUAAUCGAAACCUCUUAAAGUGUACUUAUAAAAUACUUCAGUGAAAAUUACUUGUAAAUACAACGUGUAGCCUAAGUGAGAAAGGAUUUUGAGACAAAUGACUGAGCUCGGUGUAGGGAUAGAAGAAACGUACUGUAACACAGUUGAUUGAAAUUAACGAUAAUUAACGAACAUAGCAUGUUGCAUUCGAUGCGCUCUUCGCAUAAUAUCGUGUAAUCUGUUCUGGAUAUUCUUUUGUAUAACUUCUGUGAAUAAAUAAAGAUAGAGUCAGAGAAAUGCCAGAU